AUGUCCAAGCAGUUCUGCCCCCGUUGCGGACACCCGACCCUCAUGCGCGCGGCCAGUUCCACGUGCGCCAUCACCGGCGAGCUGACCGUCUACCUGCGGGCCAACUUCCAGUACCGGCUCCGGGGCACGCGCUACUCUCGUGCGGCUCCCCGUGGUGGCCAUCACCACAAGGCCCGGAAUCUCAUUCUCGCCGGUGAUCAGAAGGAGUAUCGGACGGCGGUGCGCGAGCUGCGCUCGGCUCAGCGCCAGGCCGCUCGCCAGUCUGGCGCCAAUGACCUCAGCAACCCGGAUUACAUGCCGUCCAUCAUGACUGGCGCCAGUGGCCGGACCCUGGCCGGUGCCUCCGGCAAUGUGACCAUCGGCAUGGGUCGCCGGAACCCGAACCAGGCUCGACGCCUGCUCGGCAAGAAGAAGAAGCACUAA